AUGGAUUUGAAUGAUCGUUCCUCCAAAAAAAUUAAUGCAACGGACGAUAGACAUGUGGGGGAAAUACCCAACAUUAUUAACAGUCAGGUAAAUGCAAUUAAAACUAAAAUGAGAAGAAAGAAGCUGAGUCGCCAUGGAAUGGAAUGGGACCCUAGAAACCUAUCUCUUCAUGUUCCCUAUAAGUUACUGCACCUGGUGUGGAUACACGCCCGUCAUUUAGCCGGGUACAGGCAACAGGAUGCCCACGAGUUCCUCAUUGCUGCCCUGGAUGUCCUGCACAGGCACUGCAAAGGUGACGAUGUUGGCAAGGUGGCCAGCAAUCCCAACCACUGUAACUGCAUCAUAGACCAAAUCUUCACAGGUGGCCUGCAGUCCGAUGUCACCUGCCAAGCCUGCCACGGUGUCUCCACCACUAUAGACCCAUGCUGGGACAUUAGUCUGGACUUGCCUGGCUCUUGCACGUCCUUCUGGCCCAUGAGUCCAGGGAGGGAGAGCAGUGUGAAUGGCGAAAGCCACAUACCAGGCAUUACUUCCCUCACGGACUGCUUGCGGAGGUUUACGAGGCCAGAGCACUUAGGAAGUAGUGCCAAAAUCAAAUGUGGUAGUUGUCAAAGCUACCAAGAAUCUACCAAACAGCUCACCAUGAAGAAGUUACCAGUUGUGGCCUGCUUUCACUUCAAACGGUUUGAACACUCAGCCAAACAGAGGCGGAAGAUCACUACGUACAUUUCCUUUCCCCUGGAGCUGGAUAUGACACCAUUUAUGGCGUCAAGUAAAGAGACGCGAAUGAAUGGACAGUUGCAGCUGCCAGCCAGUAGCGGGAACAACGAGAAUAAGUAUUCCUUGUUCGCUGUGGUUAAUCACCAAGGAACCCUGGAGAGCGGCCACUACACCAGCUUCAUUCGGCACCACAGGGGCCAGUGGUUCAAGUGUGAUGAUGCCGUCAUCACCAAGGCCAGUGUUAAGGAUGUACUGGACAGUGAAGGGUAUUUACUCUUCUAUCACAAACAGGUCCUGGAACAUUAG